UUCUGUUCACGGCGUGGAAACGGCCGUGGAAUUUGUUCUCCAAGAGCCUGAUCAAGACUUAAAUUUACUUCGCUCACGGCAGGAUCGCCACAGUCCACAGAACCUGAAAGGGGACGGUCUUGGUGGAGGUCCGUGCUGCUCCAAGUUGGAACAGGGUCCGAAAGAACUGAAGGACGGUUCUGUUUGUCUCUGUCUCAGUAACGAGCAACUUGCAGUGGAUUUACAUGGACAAGAAGUUUUAAAAAACUGGAGUUUGUUGAACUCGACGAAGGACUACUGUGGACCACCUCCCGCUGAGGACCAGAACGGAGAUGCUCUUCUUACUGAGGUGUCAUUCUGCCGCCAGUUUGAAGCAGGACGGCACGUACUAAAGGACACUUUUGCGUGUGAUGGUCGAAGCAAAGCAGACAUUGAAAAGGAUUUAUGCUUUCAGGAACAUGGACGAGAUGAUCUGAGCUUAGCUCCUAACCGUCCACGUUUUGCCCAGGACCACCGAGCGGAUUUUCCCGAGGGUCCGCGCUGCUUGGAAUUGGUUUCCAAAGGACUCGGGUACAAUUCUGUUUGUACGUAUGCUAAUAAUGCAGAACCGGUUGAGGAAUUGUACUCGCGGCAGACUGGACGAGGACAUGGCCCUCGAGACCUUGGCUUCUUGAGUCAAUGUCGUGAGCAGCAUAGUCUUGAGAACCAAUGCCGCUCACGCGUGGAAGUGCUUACUAAGGGACUAAAGGACACAUCGGUUUGUGUUGGCCUUGAUAGCCUGGAUGUUGUCGUGGAGCAAGGACAAGAGUCCGGGGUGCUUGGAGAUGUUCUGGCUGUUCGGAGUUUACACGAAGAGAAAUGUGGUCCAUCUCCUGUCCUGGACCACAGAGUGGAUGACCUUCUUCCUGAGUCUCGAAGCUGCUCCCGCUCGGAACCGAGACACAGCGGACUCGAGCAAAGUUCUUUCUGCGUCCGCCUUAGUCGGUUUGUAGAGCGCGACGGUCAAGUGUCCGUCAGAUAUCGAGAGUUGAAGCCUCAGAAUUAUUCGGCCGACGCACCCGACUUGGACUGUGAGGAGGUCGUCUUCAAGAAGCUCUCAAACAUCCGUGACGGUCAAACAUCGAAGAAUUACCGUGCACGCUCUUCACCCGCAGCUAAUUCUUGCCAAGGAACCCAUGAACUGCCCCGGAUCGUCAAACACAAGCAGAGCUCCAUCACUUUCUCGGACUACGCCGAGAAUCGCGCCGACGUUUACGGCAGCUUGGAUGAUGCCGAGUCCUCGGGGGACCAGGACGCCGAACGGCCCGACGGCGAAGGCGACGGGGACGAUGACGUGUUCCUGGAGCGCCGAGUCCAUCGAUGGCGCAAGAGGCAGAGCGACUGCAGUAGAAGGUCCAAAGGAGGCGAUACGCGUCGCUUCAAAGCGGAGCCAGACAGCCGGAGGAAGGAGGAGUCCCCGCAGCUCGAGCCUCCCCGGUCCGAGUCCAUGAGCCGGCUGAUGAAGAAGCUGGACCAGCUCAAUCUGGACAUCGAGGAGGCCUUGAGCGCAGGCUCCUCCCCUUCUGACACGCCCUGCACCGCACGCAAGAAACGGGUUUUCAACACGAUGACAAGUGAAGCAGGAGCAGAAGUCGAGGCGAAGGAGGCGUGCGACUGGCUGCGGGCCGCCGGGUUUCCCCAGUAUGCUCAACUCUUUGAAGAUUCCCAGUUCCCCAUUGACAUCAGCCCCGUGAAACGAGACCAUGACUUCCUGGACAAAGAUCUGGUUGAGCCUCUUUGCAGGCGACUCAACACCUUAAAUAAGUGUGCCUCCUUGAAACUUGAUGUCAGCCUCCCAAAGAAGAAAAGCGAAGACUCUGACGAGGAAGACCUAUUUGCCAUCAGUGACAAAUGGACGUUUGAAUGGAGCAGCCGACGCUGGUCCAGGCUGCAGGACAUUGACUGUCUCCUUGGAAACGGAGGGUUAGAUCCGUCCGCUGGAGACGGCCUGCCUCUAAGAACCACGACCAGCAGGGAAAGUGUCCUGACGGACCUCAGUGAGCCAGAAGUAUCCUCGGUACACAGCGAGAGCAGUGGGGGCAGUGGGCCUUUGGGUUUGGGCACCGAGGACUCGGACGGUUCCAACCGCACCUGCCCAGAUUCCGUCGCCAUGCCAGACUUGACGCUGCUUACAAUGUCUCACAUCGCCAAAGACAUCGGUCAUUACGGCUCACUGCCCCACAAGCGCGGCAAGAUAAGUCGCACCCGUGCCAAAGACUUCCUGAAGCGCAUGGAGACGCUGCGCUCCCGGGGAGCGCUCGCCAGGGGUCGGAAGACGUUGGUCAUCAGUUCGCCGGUGCUGCAAAGGGAGCCCCGCGCCCUCAAGAACCUGCCGUGUGCGGAGAUCAUAAACGGAGACGGCGGCACUCCGGAGCCGCCAUCCCGUCAGGUUCCGUCCCGGUCCGGCAGCGAAGGCAGCGGCCAUUCUGGCGGAAGUGCGGGCAGCACACCCAGGCUUAAAGAUCGCCAGCUGUACCGGAGCGACCACAAGCGCAGCGGCAUGUAUUUAGAAGACGUGGACAUCUUCUCAGGCAAGCAGGUCGCGGAACAAAAUCGCAUCAAUGAAUUCUGCUCCUACGAGGACCUGGUGGUCCAUAUUCCCAAUGACCACAAGCCAGGAACCUUCCCCAAAGCGCUGUCCAUUGAGAGCCUCUCGCCGUCCGACGGGGCCUCGGUCAACUGGCACGCAGGCAGCACGCGCCUGGACUCGGCGCUCGUUUCCUGCCGGCAGGAAGCCAGGCCCAUCACCCGGUGCUGUUCUCGAGGAAGCCGCGUCAGCGUUUACGACAACGUCCCCGGUUCUCAUCUCUACGCCAGCACCGGGGACCUCAUCGAUCUGGAGAAAGAAGACCUGUUUCCUCACCUGGAUGACAUUCUGAUGCAUGUCAGCGGUCUGCAGCAGAUCGUAGACCACUGGUCCAAAAAUGUUCUGCCGGGCGGGGACGCGGUGUCGAGGCUCGACGGAGCAAGGGACGAUUCGGUCGGCCUGCAGUCUUUAAGUCAGAUCACGCUCGACUUUGAGGCCGAUUCGGCGGCGGAAAGCCAGACCGCGCCGAGCGCCGGCGACGGCGCGUCUCUUUCAGACACGGAGGCGACGAGACUCGGGGAAAGGAGAGACUCGGGGGUAGGGGCUUCCCUCACGAGACCCAAUCGUUUGCGAUGGCCCAGCUUUCAGAUAUCAAAUCGUCUCAGCCACUCGGUGGCAUCGUUGCAGAUGUCCAACCAGUCGGCAGGCCAGCUGAGUUUGUCGCAGAAGUUCUCUCUGCUCCGUCUCACUGCCAUCAUGGAAAAGUACUCCUUGUCCAGCAAACACGGCUGGACCUGGGCAGUGCCGAAGUUUAUGAAGAGAACCAAGGUUCCGGACUACAAGGAUAAGAACGUGUUUGGCGUGCCUCUUAUUGUUCACGUGCAGCGCUCCGGACAACCACUGCCCCUGGGCCUGCAGCAGGCCCUGCGGUACCUGAGGAGCCAGUGUCUUGACCAGGUGGGACUCUUUCGUAAAUCGGGUGUAAAAUCCAGGAUCCAAGCGCUAAGGCAGUUGAACGAAAGCUCCCCAGACAACGUGGACUACGAGGACCAAUCGGCUUACGACGUGGCAGACAUGGUGAAACAAUUCUUCCGCGAUCUCCCGGAGCCGCUGCUCACCAGCAAGCUCGGGGAAACCUUCCUCCACAUCUACCAAUAUGUACCCAAGGACCAGAGACUGCAGGCUGUCCAGGCUGCCAUCAUGUUGAUGUCGGACGAAAACCGAGAGGUGCUGCAGACGCUACUUUGUUUCCUGAGCGACGUGACGUCCUCGGUGGAGGAAAACCAGAUGACGCCCAUGAACAUCGCAGUGUGCCUGGCGCCCUCGCUCUUCCACCUCAACAUACUCAAGAAAGACAAUCUUUCCCCGAGGGCAAUGCAGAAAAAGUACGCCAGCGGCAGACCGGACCAGAAGGACCUGAAUGAAAAUUUGGCGGCGACGCAGGGUCUCGCUCACAUGAUCACAGAGUGCAGCCGUCUCUUUGAGAUCCCUCGCGAAAUGGUCACCCAGUCGCGCAAUUCGUACGUGGAGGCCGCCCUGCAGGCGCCCACCUUUGACGAGCUCUUCAAGCGACUGGAGGACGAGAACGGAACGCACGAGAACCACGUCGAGGGGAGACUGGAAAACCUGCUCAAAGAGGCCCGUGAGAAAUCCAAAUCCUGGGUGUCCUGCGGCAGCUCCGAUAACACGGAGCUCCACUACAAAAAGGUGGGUGACGGGAACCCGCUGAGACGAUGGAGGGCCUCCGUGGAGGUGGAGGCGCCGCCGUCCGUCGUCCUGAACCGCGUGCUGCGGGAGCGCCACCUGUGGGAUGUUGACUUGCUGCAGUGGAAAGUGCGCGAGACGCUGGACAAGCAGACGGAGGUCUUUCAGUACGUCCUCAAUAGCAUGCCGCCUCAUCCCAGCCGAGACUUUGUGGUUCUCAGGUCAUGGAGGACGGACUUGCCCAAAGGCACCUGUUCCCUGGUUUCUGUCUCAAUCGAGCACGAGGAUUGUCCUCCCGUCGGAGCGGUUCGAGCUAUUGUCCUGGAGUCCAAUUACCUGCUCGAGCCCUGCGGCUCGGGGAAGUCCAGGCUGACUCACGUUUGCAGAGUGGAUUUGAAGGGAAGGACUCCGGACUGGUACAACAAAGCCUUCGGCCACAUUUGUGCAGCGGAAGCCGCUCGCAUCCGCAACUCCUUUCAGCCGCUCAUCGCGGACGGUCCGGAGACCAAAAUCUGAAACCCUUGAGCCUUUUCCGUCGUGAUGAAGUCCAAGAGCAACUUUGAACCCCCAAUGUCUAUGACAUUGAAACUCUCAUACGCUUCUGGGAAGCGUGUACAUAAUAAUCCUUUUAAGAUGGAAAGCUAUAAUUAUUCUUCUUGUAAAUGUGUGAAUAUACUGUACAUGCCACCGAGGUGUAUAUAUUGCAGAUGGUACGGUCAUUUCCGAUCGAUCGGGUGUUAUCUAUCAAAAAAAAAAUGUAAACUGGUUUUACUUUGGCGUUGAAAUGAAAAUUGUUUGUGUCACACUUGUGGACCUCCCAUGGCUGCGAAUGACAGAAGGUUUGACUCGAUCAAACCGGCUUUUGGCGAUUGCGUGUUGCUGGUGACGGCAGAAGACAUGUUUGUUUGUUUGUUUGUUUGUU